AGACGAGAGAAGGGUUCUGUUCGCUGUUGCAUUUAUUUUAGACUUGGUGGGCCGUUCGGUCUGGCUGUUGGUCAGCCCAACUCAUGCCCCAUUUGUUGCUCUCGUAUCACACGGUUCAGCGAUGUAAAGAAAGUCCAUAAUAAGCUCUCAUAGAGGUGAGUAGGAAAGCCCAUGGUGGGCGUUGGGUCCGGUCUUGGCGAAAGCUGGGGUUAGGCGUGCUGCCAAUGUGCAUAUGGGCCUAGGAACUGAAAGGCCCACGCAAGUGUACAUCUCGCCUGACACACAAGCAGCCCCAUAUAUGGCCCGGUCUCCUACCCAGACAACCCGUCCGUCUCUCGUUCUCUCCUUCCUAUCGGCUCCACACCUCCACGCAACUGGAAGCUUCGCUGCAAUCUGCCCUACUCCUCUUCCGCCGCCUCCAACACCGCAGACGCAGCUGCCGCGGGCGGGAGCUUGGACGUGCUACGCUGCUCUCAUCUCGUUUCCGCGCAGUUCAGGAAUUGUUCUCAAUGGCCCGCGUGUAUGUUGGCAACUUGGAUUCACGGGUGACUUCUGGGGAACUCGAAGAUGAGUUCCGCGUGUUUGGAGUUCUGCGAAGUGUUUGGAUUGCACGUAAACCACCUGGCUUUGCAUUUAUUGAUUUUGACGACAGGAGGGAUGCGGAGGAUGCUAUUCGUGAUCUAGAUGGUAAGAAUGGAUGGAGAGUUGAACUAUCUCGUAAUUCCAGUGGUCGUGGUGGUCGUGAUCGGUAUGGUGGAUCUGAGUCGAAGUGCUAUGAAUGUGGUGAGACUGGGCACUUUGCACGUGAAUGUCGUCUGCGCAUUGGCUCUGGAGGUCUAGGCAGUGGAAGACGUCGCAGUCGCAGCCGCAGUCGCAGUCGCAGUCGCAGCAGGAGCAGGAGCAGAAGCCGCAGCCCUAGAUACCGCAGGAGUCCAAGCUAUAGUAGAAGGAGCUAUAGCCCUCGUUAUCGCUCUCCAAGGCGCCGUAGUCCUUCGCCAGCUCGCGCGCGCAGCUAUAGCAGGUCACCAUAGUACAACUGCAACGAGUAUGUAUCUCUAUUGCUAAUGGGUAAUGGUGGCAGGUACUGGUGUAGCAGGAGCUAGGCCUGAAGCCCGUGCCUGAUACUUCUUGGUGUGAGAACUUAGUCCUUGGUUUGGCUGUCAGGAACAAAUUUGGAACUGUCGUCAACUGCAUGACUUCAGUUCAGGUUUAAAACCUUAUCUAGCUUAAUUGUGAUUGCCUUGAUUAUGCCAUUAUAGAACUUAAUAUUUGGAUGUAUUAUGCGACUAAGACAUAUUACCUUUCUUCUCUGUUGAAAAGGCAUGUUCUGCUUAAACGACUCGGCCAACUACGGCUCUCAGUUAGUCUUCAUGGUUUUGUUCCUCCAUUCUUGGCACGUCCUUAUCUGCAAACAAAUGUCAACGUUCCAUUACUAGCUGCCUUCGAUGUUUCAUCAUGAAAUUCUUCACCGAAGAUGCUACUUCAUCACAAAUUAGUAACAUCCUUUCCCCUCAUAUAGUUGAUAAGGUUUGAGUGUACUGAGCACUAACAAAUGCAGCUCGCGAAAGUAAGACCGUUUUUCGUCAUAGAACAAGACAGCUAUUUUAAUUGCAGCACUCGUGUGAAAAUAGAUCUACUCUGCAUGGUGGGGAUUGGGGCGAUUGAAGUGUGGCCUUCAGCUGCACCUAGUUGGGCAUCCCAGGAACCUAGUCAGGCUCACUACAGCAAGAGGCGCAUCCUUUGACUAAACAUGUUGGUUUUAUUUCUUGUGGUUUGAUUCUUCACUUCUGUUCAUUGUGUUCUGCCUUCACUGCACCCUAUUGGUAGUGGUCGAACAAUGCUUCUGUCUGUGGUAAGUUAUUCUUGGUACAAUGGCUCUUCUUUACCCCCUGAUCAGUGUAUGUUGGACUUUCUGAUAGAGUUAGCACCAAUUGUAGUAUAAAUAUGUUCUUUUUUUCUCUGGAAGGUAAUUGUAAUUCUAUCUGAAUACUCAGAUUUGAGGUAUAAUCUGCUCUUGUCAAAUGAUUUUUUAAAGAUCAUUCUAGUUUCA